ACAAUAAUGAUGACAUUCAACACACUACCAAUACCACUAAUAAUUUAGAUCAAACUAACGCAAAAUCACACAUCAAAUCCCUUCCACCUAUUUUUGUAAAAGGAGUCCAAGACUUUCCAGGACUUUGCACAAGUCUUAUUGAGAUUCUUGGCGUUGAAAACUUUAUUUGCAAAUCCUCUACGGAUCGUCUAAAAAUUCAAACAAGUACUCCGGAAGAAUAUAGAACGCUUAUUCACUUUCUCAAGGAUCAAAAUGCCGAAUAUCAUACAUAUAAAUUGCAACAAGACAAACCCACACGUGUAGUGAUCAGAAAUUUACACCCAUCAACUAAUACCAGCCUAAUCAAAUCUGAAUUGGAACUCCGAGAAUUUGAGGUACGUAACGUUACAAAUGUUCUUCAUAAGGUGCACAAAAUUCCAUUAUCACUCUUUUUCGUUGACCUGGAACCUUCCCCUCAAUCAAAUGAGAUCUAUAAACUGACCUCCAUGCUCCACACUAAAAUUAAAGUAGAGAAGCCCUAUAAACCUAAGAUAAUUAGCCAGUGCUUAAAUUGUUAAGAAUACGGCCACACGAAAUCUUACUGUAACUACUCAUCACGCUGCGUGCGGUGCGGCGACUAUCACCAGUCAUCCGACUGCACCAUUUCUCGGGACACCCCACCUAAAUGUGCCCUCUGCCAAGGCAACCAUCCAGCCAGCUAUAGAGGAUGCUCUAUUUAUAAAGAAAUUCAACGCCGCAAGAAACCUCCACCAAACAAUGCUUUUCUCUCUGGUAAUUCUNGAUUUAAGAAAUACAAUGUACAAACUAGCCACCCAGAAAAUGACGCUCCCUCAAAUAAUGCUCGGUCAUAUGCGCAGGCUAUGACUCUUUUUCUAGAGGAAUUCAAAUCUUUGAUAAAUCCACUUAUAGCACUACUUACUAAAGUAAUCUCCUUGUUACUGGAUAAAAAAAAUGACUAA